CACGCCCGUUGACCGUUUGGGGCGACAUGUUGGAUCACAACUGGUGUUAGGUCCAGGAAUAUAUGUCUUUCAAGCAUGGCAAAAGUCGAAUGAGAAGGCCCUGGUAGCAUUUGGACCACGGGGCCAUUGAUAUCACCAAGGUUGCGAUCGCAUGAUGAUGCAAGUGCUGACAAAUCGCGAGUUGGUGCAGUCGAUCUUGGAGUUUCAGACGGGGAAACGCUUCAUCCGCUAGCCCACCAUGCCAAGGCUUUGAUCACUCCCGCAGUGCCAGAUAUGGCGCGACUGCAGCUGCACAGCGAACUCCGCCACGCGGCUACGUACGUGUUGUUGCGGCAAUCCACCCUCCUCCUCGAAGCUGUCGGCCUCUUCGGCCAGUCAUUUCUUUCCCGGAUCUAUCGCUGCCGCCCGUGUUUGGUGGAUUCAACAGUCCUCGCAUUGGCCAUUGAAUCAGGAGACCGGAAAGUCGUAGUCUUUUUUCACGACCACGUCGUUAAGUCGACCCCGGACGUCUUCAAGAUCGUGGGGGCUAUGAAUAUCGCCGCUGGUCACGGCCAACUCGACAUCCUCCGCUAUCUCCAUGAGCAGCGACCGGAUGAAAGCGGAUGCACGACGUCGGCGAUGGACGCCGCGGCGGCCAACGACCAUUUCACGGUGCUGAAGUGGCUUCACGUCCAUCGAGCGGAAGGAUGCACAUUCCACGCCAUGGACCGGGCAGCCCAACAAGGAUCGCUUGCCAUCGUCCAGUGGCUCCAUGAAAACCGAACGGAGGGGUGUUCUACCGCCGCCAUCGACGGCGCCGCCCGAGCUGGCCACGUGGAUGUAGUCCAAUGGCUAACAAGGCAUCGAACGGAAGGCUGUACGAGUGCUGCGCUGGACGGAGCUGCGCAAAGCGGCCAUUUGGCCAUGGUACAGUGGCUCCACAACAACAGAGCCGAGGGCUGCACCACCCACGCCAUGGAUCGCGCGUGUGAAUCGGGACAUUUGAAUGUUGUGACGUUCCUUGGGGACCACCGACGUGAAGGAUGGACGCCGUAUGCGAUGGCGUCUGCGGUGCGAAAUGGACAUGUGGACGUCGUGCGCUAUCUCCAUGAAGUCAAGGGGGUGCCGUGUCCCUUGGUGGAAGUCCACAUGGCCAAAUGUAAUCGCGCCAUGGCCGAGUACCUUCUGCAACGGCGGACACUUCAAAUUUACCGAGGCAACAGCAGCAGGAACUGUACACCCGUCCGAGUGACCUAACAAAUGCCAAUAUGGCGGAUGUAAGGAUUGAAGACAGUUCACAGUUGGUGAUGAGGAUGUUAGGCUCCCAUCCAUGGAUCAUGGGCUUUGGUUGGCUGAGGAUGAUCGGACGAUCCAGUUUAGACAUAACGUGCGUUCAUAGCAAGUUCAAGAUCAAAUAGCACCACUCCCCUCCAAGGGCAAUUAUACGGGAAUACUACACGGCGGAGUAAACUAUUUAAAGCCGCGAAUGACGACGGUGGCCGUGGAUUUGCACGUGUCUUCUGCAAGCACAUGCGCCGAGCACGCGCGAAGGGUCGUGGGUACGUUGCUGCUAGCGUCUUUGUCGUAACAUGUGAACACUUGGGACAGUUCGUUGCCGUGCUCGCACUUAAGGACCGCUUGGCCUGCGCCACCGAACGCGUCGCGGACGUCUUUUGUGGACACCGAUUGGCCAACAUGUUGCGUGACGAAGGCGGGCGUGCCCUGGACCUUAAUCUUGUCGAUCGCAGACUGAAAGAAUUCCACUUGAUCCAACCCGCUGCACGUCCCAUGGCGCGACCACUCGUGGCCCCAAAACCUACACAUGACGGUAACUUCCACACCACUGUAGGAGCGAUGUACGAGUCAUAAUGCGUCGUGUUGGCAGCCACUUUGACGUUGGGCCAGUAUUUCUCGAGUGUGUCUUCGCCGAUGGCCGACCGCACAAUGUUGAUGUCCAGAGGUUCCUUCGUGCAAAACCCAGGAUGCGGACCGUCUUCUAACUCGGGCCACAAGCCGUGAAUCGUAAAAUGGGACUCCCAGUAUAGCUCAGGAACCCAGCAGCCUAGUCAUGUGGUCUGCUCGUUGGAUAUAGACAUGGAAAGUAUCCAACCUGGAAAGUCGGUGCCAGCGCAAAAUGAGGGCUGCCACGAGUGCGCAAACACAUAAAAGUCAAAGUCCUUUGUGCCAUGGGCGGGUGGAUUUUGAGCGGGGAAUCCCUCCGGAUUCCCAUUCCACACUUCAGCUGCAAAGGACACCGUCGUCGCCGUUGUCAGUAUCUGGAGUCCUCUCAUCAGUUCGUGGCAAUAUAUUGAUUGCAG